UAGUAAAAUGUCACUGUCAAGUCGUAUACAUAUUAGAUUUAUUUAUUUACUAACAACAACUAGGCACCCAACCUACUUUGCUUUGUUAAAUUUUGAAUUCAUUAAAUGUUGUACAAUACAAGUAUUGUAAUAAAACAUAAUGUCAUUUAAGUUCAACUUUUCGGGAGAAGAUGUGGCAGAAUCGUCUACAACAGAUACUUUAUACAUACCUUGGUUUGACUGUAAAGAAGUUGUUCCAACAAAUCAAAUGGAAGAAUUAGAUAGCAUAGUCAAACAUGCUAAAAUGUUUAUAUGUGGAGAUGUUGAAAUAGGUCAUGUUGUCACUAGUGAAGCUAUUGCUAACAUUUUAAGUACAAAUGAUACAUAUAAUGCUACAGAAUGUGCUGAAAAAGAUCAUAGUGACCUUGUUGUUGGCAAAUAUGAAGGAGGUCUAAAGAUAUGGGAAUGUACAUAUGAUCUGGUUGAAUAUCUGAUAAAUAAUUCUGAUAAAAUCAAUUUUGUGUCUGCCAGAGUUUUGGAUCUAGGAUGUGGAGCUGGUAUUUUAGGAAUAUAUGCCUUUAUAAAUGGAGCAAAUGUAACAUUUCAAGAUUAUAAUCAAGAAGUCUUGGAACAUGUGACAAUACCAAAUGUCUUACUAAACAUUGAGGAGGAAGAAGAUACUGCAAAAUUGCUAAAAAGAUGUAGAUUUUAUUCUGGCGACUGGGCUUCUUUUAAUAACAAAUAUGAUGAAAGUGAGAUGUAUGACCUCAUACUCACAUCUGAAACUAUUUAUAAUGAUAACAAUUAUGACAAACUCAUAAACAUUUUCAUAAAGAGACUAAGUAAAACUGGAGCAGUGUACUUAGCAGCUAAGACAUGUUAUUUUGGUGUGGGAGGUGGUGUGAGGCAAUUUGAACAAAAACUGGAAAACAAUGGGGCAUUACAAAGUGAAAUCUGUUGGAAAAGUACAGGUGGUAUACAAAGAGAAAUUUUAAAAAUAACUCACAAAUUAUAACAAUAAACAUUUAUUUCUUAUAA